GUUUCCGCCCCCUGCGCGCGCUGCGUGAGGAGAAGGAGGAGGAAAGCCCACGGGAGGAAGGAAGGCCUUAAAGUGCUGAGGGCCGGGCAUGGAGAGUGUCCGAGGAAGGUUGCUUCCCUUCUCUGCCUCCCUCCAUGGCGUGUCGGGUGCUGCUGCUCUUCCUCUCGGCCUGCCUCGUCUUCCUCCUGGUGCAGGCCGAGCAGGAGAAGGCCCUCUCCGCCCCCGGGCCCUACGAGAAGCUGGGGCGGCACCUGGGCGACGUCACGGCCCUCUCCAGGAGGUACUGGCGCCUCUUGGCCUGCCAGGUCUGGCAGAGGGACUGCGAGGAGGAGCAGGAGGGAGAAGAUGAGCAGGAGGAGAAGGAGGCCCUGGCAGAGAGAGAACAACAGGAGGAGGAAGAAAAAGAGGUCAUCCUGGAACAGCAAGGAUGGAAUUGGCCCAUGGUGACUGAGAUGGUCUCCAGUUGGUACUGCAGGUUUGGCAAGUGUUGUGCAACAGGAGAUUGCAGAGUGACCAAUAAUAUAACAGGGUUGGAACUGGAUCUGAGCCGGCGACUCCAUGGUCAACACCUGGUAAAACAUGUUGUCCUGAAGGCUGUUCAGGGCUUCCUGGAGACACCAAAUCCAGAGAAAGCACUGACUCUUUCCUUCCAUGGCUGGUCUGGCACAGGGAAGAACUUUGUGGCCCGAAUGAUGGCAGAACAUUUGUACCGGGAUGGCCUGAAAAGUAACUGUGUCAGAGUCUUCAUUUCUUUGUUUCACUUCCCUCAUUCCAAAUAUGUGGACAUAUACAAGGUCCAGCUAGCAAGAGAGAUCAGUGAGACAGUGCAAGGCUGUGAGCAGUCCCUUUUCAUUUUUGAUGAAGCAGAGAAGCUUCAUGCUGGCCUCCUUGAUGUCCUGAAACCCUAUGUGGAUCAUCAUGACAGCAUUGAUAUGGUGAAUUACCGGCGGUCUAUCUUCUUAUUCCUGAGUAAUACAGGGGGAAAUAUCAUUAAUGAAGUGGCCCUGGAUUUCUGGCGAGCAGGCAGAGCCCGAGAGGAAAUCACUCUGGAGUUCUUAGAGCCAUAUUUGCGGACAGAGCUGAUGGGAGCUACAGAUGAAGGGUAUACCCAAAAUAGCCUUCUAGAAGAGAACCUCAUAGACUUCUUAGUACCCUUCCUGCCCCUGGAGUACCGCCACGUGCGGCUGUGUGCCAGGGAUGCUUUUCUAACACGGGGCCUUCCAUUCACUGAAGAGGCACUGGACGAGGUUGCAAGGAUGAUGGUGUUUGUACCCAAGGAGGAGAAACUCUUUUCUGCCCAAGGCUGCAAAUCUAUCUCCCAGCGUAUAAACUACUUCGUUCCCUGAUGAUAUGGAAUUUCACGCCACAGGUACUGCAACAUGCAGCCUAUUCUGUUUCCUCUUGCACAAAGGCCCAGGACAUUGUGCGAGGUCUUGCACUGUGAAUGGCUACUACCUUUCCCUAAUAUGUAUGUUUUACUGGGAUAGGGGAAAAGGCGGGGGGAGAUUACUGAAGAAAUUGCUAAAGGAAAACGAAGUAAUAAAAGACUGCCAUGUAGCUGGAAUCUACAUGAAAGGUGCUACCGAAGACGAAAUUUUUUCUUGUGGAACACUUGCCCUCCUCUAUUCUCUGAAUGAGUGUUUUGCAAGGGAGACACUUCAACUGCAAAAGAAGUAAAGCUGCUUCACAUUUUGUACUCAGCUGAGACUGUUUUAAAAUGCAAAUGACUUCCUGCUUAGAAUUUUUAAUGAUGUGGCUGAACAAGGAACUAGAAUGUUUGCUUACAGUGCAAUAAGUUACUUCCCCUUCCUGUACCCUUGUAUAGCAAUUAGACGUGAUGGAAGCAUCUUAUCCCCACCAGGGAGACACUGCACCACCUUUGAAAAAUUACUGAAGAUUUGGCUACUUGAAUGACAUACAAGAGAGCUGUGACUGUAUACUACCUCCCAAAACACAUAUACGCCACAGAGAAAGCAGACACACGAUUUUCUGCCAAGAAAUUUAAAGCCGAGAGGGUCACAGUGCUGCAAUCAAAAUCUGUGUUUGGAGAGUUUGAUUACAAAGGCCAAAAUUCAGCGUGGCACUUCCAGCCUGGCAUUGAAAUUGAGCAAUAACCCUACAUUGUUUGUAUCAUAAAUCCAGGAUUGUUUGCAGGAGGUGGUGUUGGAUGGAAUUUGAAACAUCUUUGGAAACUAAAGCCUGGCAGAGUUAGCCAGUCGUUUAUAGUACACAAUACAAAUGCCAGCUAGAUCUACUGAUUUGGGCCAAGAGAUAAUACCGGUGUGGGUCAAAUGUACCUUACUUCGCUCUUAGUCAGCAGAUGUGGGUGUAAGGCAAGGAUGGGAUCACUGUGGCCCUCUGCUUCAUGGAUUGCCAUUCCUAACUGGCCAAGCCAGUUUUGAAAGGAAGCUAUUCUGCAAGUUGCAUCCUGACAUCUGGAGAGCUGCAGACCUCCCAUCCCCUUGUGGUAUUCCCUUGGGCCUAGGUAUGUAAUCCUGAACUGUACAGCUAUUUGCAGAAUAUUAAGUAUAAUCAUAACACUGUUCAAAUCUUCACCCAUAAGCCCUAACAUCAUAAUAAUAUAAUAACUUUAUUUUUGUCCUGUCUCCAUCUCCCUAAAGGGACUCGGGGCGGCUUACAUGGUGACGGGCCCGAUCAAACAUAGGUUAAAAACAUGAAUCAGUAAAAUUAACAAUAUUAUAACAACAUAAAACAACAUCAUCAAACAAUCAAUAGCCUGAACAGUAAUAAAUACUGGAAUCAGGAGGUAGGAGCUUGUGCAAUAUAACUUCCGGACAGGGCUGGUUGAAAAGUACAGGGGAAAUUAUAAAUUAGGGCUAGAAAGGCAAUGUCAAUUAAAACAUUCACCUGUGUGUUAAUGUCUACAGGUCUGGAGGCAGUAUAGACUACUGCUUCUUAAACAGUGGACCUCAACCCCAAAUGGGGUGUCCUUAGCUCAGUGUUGGGGUCCUAAAAAAAUUAGGCAACAGCAAAAGGUUUCAUUCACAUAAAUCUGUUAGUGACAAUGUGCAAUGUUUACAGAGGACUCUGAAGAAAGUACUUCAGCUGUACUCCACAAAAGGAAAAUUCAGUCUGUUUAAUAAACUUUGCAAAUGCUGAUUUAUUAUAAGUCAAUGUUUGAUUUCUAUACCUAUUUUAUAUACCUGGGUAGUGUUGAAAUUUAUUGGGAAAAACUUUAAGAAGCCCUGGUAUAGAGCACAGGUGUGGGUGGUGUAAUCCUAGUUCACAUAUACUAAUUAAUUCAAAUUAGGACACUUUUUUCAGGAGAGCCAUAACACCAGUGGAAAGCAAGAGUCAACAUCUGGGAUUUCUUUCUUUUUUGAAUCUGGAAGAUGUGUGACACAUUUUACACAAUGCACAACUUACACUGAAUAACCAUUUGCAUGUUCUAUGAAUCAUACGCCACUAGUUUUGAUUUGGAAUGGUCUCUAUGACAAUUUUGAAGGUGUUUCUCUAGAGAGAUACUUUGGCCAGAACUCAGAAUAAACUCACAUUGGCUCUGUUUGCUAAUGACACCUUACAGCUGCUCGCCAAAGAAAAUACAGUGGACUAUUUGCUGUCUGGCUUGGCUGCCAAAUGAUAAACCUUGUGUGACCAAGGUUCCAAGGACAAGAGAAUUGAACAGAACUCUGAUCUGUAGGUCAAAAAUACCUUCCAAAGUAGUCUGUGUUGUGAAAAGGAAACAGAGGGAUCAUCUGCUUGGACAAUGGACUUGCAAACAUCUGCCACUGGGUUGUUAGACUUGGCAAACUGGCAGAGUUUCAGAGCUGUUCAGAGUUCUGACAGUGAAGCAGUGUGGAUAGCCUUGAGUCAUGAGAAAUUUGGCUUCAAGUCCCAUGCUUCUCAGCUCCAGGAAUUCUUGGUUGAGACCGAUUAUCUGGAUUCGUCACAGUCUGGCUUCAGGCCUGGUUAUGGGACUGAAACUGCUUUGGUCGCCUUGGUGGAUGACCUCCGCAGAGAACUAGAUAGGGGGAGUGUAUCCCUUCUGGCUUUCCUGGACAUCUCAGCGGCUUUCGAUACCAUCGACCAUGGUAUCCUUCUGGGGCGGCUCUCGGGAAUGGGUCUUGGGGGCAUUGCUUUGCAGUGACUCUGCUCCUUUCAGGAGGGUCGUUCCCAGAUGGUGAAGCUGGGGGACACCUGCUCGGACCCCUGGCCUUUGACCUGUGGGGUCCUGCAAGGUUCCAUUCUUUCCCCCAUGCUUUUCAACAUCUACAUGAAACCGCUGGGAGAGGUCAUCCGCGGUUUUGGAGUUCGGUGCCAUCUCUACGCAGAUGACACCCAACUCUACUACUCUUUUCCACCAAACUCCAAGGAAGCCGCUCAGACCCUAAACCGGUGCCUGCCAGCUGUGUCGAACUGGAUGAGGGCUAAUAAGUUGAAGCUUAAUCCAGACAAGACAGAGGCCCUUCUGGUCAGUCGUGGGACCAAUCAGGGUAUUGGGUGGCAACCUGUGCUCGACGGGGUUGCACUCCCCCUGAAGGCGCAGGUCCGCAGUCUGGGGGUCCUCCUGGAUUCAUCUCUGGCGCUUGAUGCCCAGGUGUCGGCGGUGGCCGGGAGGGCCUUUGCACAUUUAAAACUUGUGCGCCAGCUGCGACCAUACCUCGAGAAGUCUGAUUUGGCCACGGUGGUCCAUGCCUUCGUUACAUCCAGACUGGAUUACUGCAAUGCUCUCUACGUGGGGCUGCCCCUGAAGACGGCCCGGAAACUCCAACUGGUUCAAAGAUCGGCAGCCAGAUUUCUAAUGGGAGCCGGCUAUAGAGAGCACACAAUGCCCCUAUUAAAGCAGCUCCACUGGCUGCCGAUAAACUGCCGGGCCCAAUUCAAGGUGCAGGUCUUGACCUAUAAAGCCCUACACGGCUCGGGCCCUACCUAUCUCCGUGAUCGCAUCUCCUCCUAUGAGCCAGUGCGGACCUUGAGAUCUUCCGGGGAGGCUCUUCUCGCGCUCCCACCACCGUCUCAAGUGCGGCUGGUGGGGACGAGGGAACGAGCCUUCUCGGCAGUGGCCCCCCGGCUCUGGAAUGCACUGCCAAAAGAGAUCAGGCAAUCCCCUACAUUAUCCAAUUUCCGUAAGGAACUGAAGACCUGGUGGUGUCGGCAGGUUUUUGAGUAAUUACACUGGAAUACCGCCGAUUUCUGAGCCUGAAUACAUUGCACAAGAUUUCCCUAGCCUAAAAUGAUACAUUUUAAUAUAUUGGGUUUAUGGUUCCCGUCCCCUUGAUCUGGUCAUGUAAGUGUGAUUUAUUGUUAUAAUUGUAUUAUUUUACUUUGUUUAAUAAUGUGUAUUAUGUUGUUAUGUAAUGUUUGUGUUGCUUUUAUGGCUGUAAACCGCCCUGAGUCCCAUCCGGGAGAUAGGGCGGUAUAUAAAUAAAGUUUUUAUUAUUAUUA